ACCACGUGCCAUCCUGUUAUUGCCCUCUGACUCUUCUCCCCUUCCUCCCUUUCUUUCUUUCUCUCCCACCCAAGUUUUAAACCCUCGUCGGAGCAGACAUUCGCUCCAGCGAACUCCACCGUUGUCAGUUCUCACACCACUGACACUUCUUCGGUGGUAUAGUUUUUGCUGAAUACGGCUUAGAACGGCGUCGUUUACCAUCCCGUCUACGGUGGCUUUGCCUUCUUGGUUGGAUAGGAAAAGGUUUAGCGUCGACUGUAAGUUGCUUUAUUUGUCGAAUACUGUUUUACUUCGCUUGGGUUUGUUUUCUAUUACCAUCGGACUUCGGAGCUGGAAAGCGGAAAUUCUACGAAGCUUCUCAAGCAGAGCUAUACAUUACCUUAUCGUUUUCCCCGUCCGUCAGAAGGAACUGGUGAGAAGUUUGUUGAAUUUUGUUGAUGAUAAUCUGGAAGGUCGAUUUCAAAGGCGAUAUACUUGUCAUUAGAAGGAUUGAAGAGUUUUAUCUACUUAGUUGAUCGAGAGUUGAGGUUCCGUCGAUGAUCCUUGUUUAUAAAUAGCAUGAAGUGAUUGAGAUGAGGAAUUCUGGGGUUAUUUGAGUUCUACAAGUCUACAACUAACAUGAGUUGCAGAGACAGGAAUAGAGGAGGAGGGAAUUCGGAGUUUGAGCAGCCGGUUUUACGGAGGUCUGUCGAGGAAGAACCAAGACCACUUACCCAGAAUGGGUCGGCGAGGGACCCGCAGUUAAUAAUUGAUGAGAGCCUUUUGGUUGACCCGAAGUUGUUGUUUAUUGGGUCCAAAAUUGGUGAGGGAGCCCAUGGAAAGGUCUAUGAAGGCAGGUAUGGCGAUCGAAUUGUUGCAAUCAAAGUUCUCGACCGUGGGAGAACUUCAGAUGAAAGAGCUGCUCUUGAAAAUCGUUUCACUCGUGAAGUCAUCAUGAUGUCUCGCGUUAAACAUGAAAAUCUUGUCACGUUUAUUGGAGCUUGCAAAGAGCCAUUGAUGGUCAUAGUUACAGAGCUUCUACCAGGCUUGUCACUCCGGAAAUAUUUGACUAGUAUUCGUCCAAAACAAUUGGACCUUCAUGUGGUUCUGAGUUUCGCCCUUGACAUUGCUCGAGCAACGGAUUUUUUACAUGCCAAUGGAAUCAUACACAGAGAUCUUAAGCCAGACAAUUUGUUGCUCACAGCAAAUCAGAAGGCCGUGAAGCUUGCGGACUUUGGUCUUGCAAGAGAAGAAUCUGUGACUGAGAUGAUGACUGCUGAAACUGGCACUUACCGGUGGAUGGCUCCUGAGUUGUACAGCACUGUGACUUUGCGUCAGGGAGAGAAGAAGCAUUACAAUAACAAGGUUGAUGUUUAUAGCUUUGGAAUUGUCUUGUGGGAGCUAUUGACUAACCGCAUGCCAUUUGAAGGCAUGUCCAAUUUACAGGCUGCAUAUGCCGCUGCUUUCAAGCAAGAGAGGCCUAGUCUUCCGGAGGAUAUACCCUCUGAUCUGGCAUUCAUCAUACAGUCAAGUUGGGUUGAGGAUCCCAACCUGAGGCCCAGCUUCAGCCAGAUUAUCCGCAUGCUCAAUGCAUUUCAGUUCACACUGACACCACCAUUAUUGCCAUCUAUACCAAAUACUAACUUGAACGAAGAAGGAGCAACUAGUAAUGGUAGUACUAUGGCCCUGAUAUCUGUUCGUGCAAGAGGGAAAUUUGCCUUUCUCAGGCAGUUUUUCUCGGCUAAGAAAGCCAAGAACUCACAAUGAGCAGGUAGAGAACUCAUAGGUUAAAGAUCUUCUGAAGGUGCAAACUAAUUUACUUACAACCAGGCACGGCAACCAUUAGCUUGGUUCAUUGUUCUUUCCCAUCUAUGAGCAAUACUUGAUCCAUGAAUUAGCAUGGUUGGGAGCUGGAUGGGGUGCUAAGUUGACCCGAGGCUGCCACAGCCACCUCAAGUGCUUGGAUAAGUAACCAUCCAUCCAGAUUCAUGAUAUCGAUACUGUAUAAUUGAUAGAGGCUUUGGGUCUCUUCCUUCUUAGUUCUCUACCUAAUUUGUAUUCGUGUGUUGGAUCUAGUAUUAUCUGUUGUCUUGAUGAAAAGUGCAAGGAUGCAGCAAACUCUGAAGGUAGAGUUAGUGAA